AUGGAACAGCAAAACCGGCACAGAAGAGAUGCGCCACGAAACAAGAAGGUUUAUGUGGUGCAGAUUACGCGAAGCGAAGCAGCUGUACGAUCUUGUCUUCACUCUUUAGGCCCUAAGGCUUGUAAGCUGCAGCUGGUGGUGGCAGGAAGCGGAGCUGCAUGUAAGGUGCCGCGACGUGCCGUGCUGAGGUCACACCAACUUAGCCUCCACAGCCUCUGUCAGAGACCAUGCCAGUGGCCCAGGAAAGGAAAGACGAUCCGGGCUGGUAACGCAUGCCAUCCUGGCCCUGAGGUGCAGCUCGGUAGUUCGUUCAACAUCCAGGGCGACGCCAUCUUCUUGGGCCCUUGCCUCGGCAUUUUCAUCGGAGAGAGCCUCAGGGAAGCACUGCCCUUUGCGAGGCUCUACGACGCCUGUCUUUGGUGUGGCUCGUACUGGCAGCGCGUUGUUCGCAAAGGACUUUACGCUCUCGGGCAGCUCCCUCUUGGUGGCGUGCUUCGUCUUGGUCCGAUGCUGCCGGCUCCAGAUUUCACACACUUUGGCUUUUUACCACUGGCGCAAAGUGCCGUGAUGCCUGCCUAUGGCAUGAGCUGCCCCGGCUCUGCAAUGUUGGCACCAGAGCUCGCGAAUUGUGGGUCAGCCGUGUUUUUGCGUAGUUUUGUGCGGCUCGGAAGUGCGACGUCGGCUUAUGGCAUGGCGUGUCCUGGAGCCUUGCUGCCCGUCUUAGACUUUGUGCAUCUUGGCUUGCUGAUGCCAUUGCGCAGCUACAUCUGCUCUGAUCCGGUGAUGUUCAUCUAUGGAAUGACGAGCCCCGGGCUGUUGCUGUCUGUGCCGGACCUUGCACACCUUGGGAGGCCGGCGCCACCGGUUUCGGACUUUGUGCAUGUUGAGUCUUCCUCGCUUCUCCGUGGAUGUGUUCGCAUGGGCUUGCUGGCGUUGACCUAUGGACUGACCCGACCAGGAGCCUUCCUUUCCACCUUGGACUUGUUCAUGCUCGGGUCGCUGCUGCUUGCACAGAGCUCUGUUCAAACGGGCAGCUCGAUGUCCGUGUAUGGAAUGAGUCGCCCGGGAGAUUUGUUGGCCGUCCCUGAUGUGCUGCAGAUUGAUUUGCCUCUUGCCAUGCAGGGCUUCGCCAGGCUUGGGUCUUCCUUGCUUGCAUACGGCUUGGCACAGUUGGGGACAUCUUUACCUGUGCUUGACCACGUGUCUCUUGAUGUGCCUUUGUCUUUGCGAACGUACAUCCGCCUGGGCUCUCCGACGGCUACCUUUGGAAUGGCUCGCCUUGGCUUUGCAAUGCUGGCCUAUGACUAUGUGGAGCCGGGCAGUGGCCUCUUCGUGACAAGCUUCGCUCGGCCAGGGUCCUUCCCUUUGGCCUACGGCGUCUCUUGCAUUGAAGCGUUCUUGUUGGUGGUCGACUUUUUGACCCCGGGAGCUUCGCUACUGCCCCGCAGCUUUGCUUGUCUAGGCCUUCCCUUGCCAACUUACGGCAUCUCCUGGCCCGGCCCUCUCCCGUCAACACUUGACUCUGCCACCUUGGAUGCCUUGAUGUCCUCGAGAGCCUGCUGCCACAUGGGCCCAACCUCACCACUUUACGGGCUUGGUUGCCCUGGGCCGCUGUUGUUUGCCUCGGACUUCGUUCAAGUCGGCCCCUCACUUCUUCUGAGGACCUUUGCUCAGACGGAAGCGUCCCUGUCCCUGUCUGGUUUGUCGUGGCCCGGGUUCCUGAUGCCGGCUUCGGAUGCUGUGAACCUUGAGCCGCCGACGUCCGCACGGGCCUCCGUCUGCUUGGGAGCCUCGCUGCUGCUCAGCGGCUCAGCCCGGCUGAGUUUGUCAUCGCUGGCGCUGGACCUCGUUCAUCUGGGCUCUCUGCCGCUCCCCCAAGGCUUCGCCAGGACAGGGCCCUUGAUGUUCGUCUAUGGCAUUGCUUGCCCGGGUGCCCUACCGCUUGCCCUUGACCCCGUGACUUUCUCCUCGUCCUUGUUUGUUCGGGGCUUCCCGCUGUUGGCCGCAGACCUCGUGAACACUGGCAGCCUGCCACCUCUGCACAGCUCCAGCUGUCUGACGACUUUGCCGUAUGGUGUAGCGUGGACGGGGUCUUCGACGCUGCUGCCAGACCAUGCCACCUCCGGCUUUUUGCCUUUGACGCGAAGCUUCUUACGCACUGGAUUCGUGCUGCCGGCCUAUGGCAUGACUCGUCCUGAGCUUUUCCUGUCCGUCCUGGACUUUGCUCAUUCGGACAGCUCCGUGCCUUUCCAAGCAUGCAUGUGCAUUGGCCUCAUGCUUUCGGCUUAUGGCAUGGCGAGGCUGGGCCCUUUGUUGCCCGUCUUGGACCGUGCGCACGUGGAAUCAUCGCUGCUUCUCCAAACCCUUCUUCACACUGGACCGAUCAUGUUGGCGUCCGGCUUAACCUGGCUAGGCUUGCUCCUGCCCAUUUUGGAUUUCAUAAAGACCCUUCCACGCUUCCACAAAGUUCCUCACAACCUGGGGAGCCCCGCAAGAACGGGCCUCAUCACGUCGGUGUACGGGAUGAGCCGAAUGGAUCCCUUGCCGUCUGCACCGGACUCUGCACACAUCGGCCCAGUGCCGCCUUUGCGUGGCUGUGCUCGGCUUGAUCCUAUGCCGCUGGUGUCCGGACUGACUUGGCUUGGAGUGUUUACAUCGGCUUUGGACUUUAUUCAUUUGGGGCCCUUGAUGGCCAUUCGUGGUCUCGUUCGUUCAGGUUUGAUGCUCUCUGCUUCCGGCUUGAGCAGGGUGGGGUCAGCCUCGCUUACAUAUGGAGUGGCUUGGCUUGGCUCCCUGUUGGCCGCACCGGACCAUAUGAGCACAGACUUCACUCUUUUGGUGCAAGCUUUUGUGCGACUGGGCUUCGUACUGUCGACCUACGGCAUGAUGAGGCCCGGACUGUCCUCGUCUGUGCCAGACUUCGUUCACAUCGAUCCGUCCGCUUCCUUAAAGGCCCUUUCAAGGUCGGGUCUCGCCAUGUCGCUCUACGGCAUGCAGCGCUUGGGCCCUCCGGUCUUUGUCUCGGACCACUGCACUUUUGGUUCCGUUUCGCUGUUGCAAGCUCUUAGCCAUUCGGGAGCGGCUCUGUCCGCUUACGGCAUGGCCAGGGCAGGUUCGACGCCUUCGGCCCUUGACUCUGCCCACACGGGUUCCUUGCCGCCAUUGCGCUCCUUCGUGCGCCCCGGCCCUUUCGUGUCGGCGUACGGCGUGGCUUGCCCGGGCCCGACUGCUCCACUGCCGGAUUUCGUUGACGUCGGAGCCUCUUCGCUGACUCAAGGUCUCAUGCAAGCUGGCCCCGCAACGUCAGCCUACGGCAUGUCCUGCCUUGACAGCCUGUUGUCUGCCUUGGACUUUGUGCACCCUGGGGCUCUUCUUUUGGCGCGUGGCCUCAUCCGUCCGGAGCCUGCAUCGCCCGUCUACGGUUUGACGAGGCUGGGGCCUUUGCUGCUUGCACCGGACUCUACCCACAUGGACUUCAGUCUGCUUGGCGUUUCCUUGUUGAUGCCAGACUUCGCCAGCACGGGCCUGAUGUUUCUGAUGCGCAGCAUGUUUCGCACAGGGCCGACGAUGCUUGUGUAUGGCAUGACCUGUUCGGAGCUUAUCUUGCCAGCCCUAGACUUCCUCCAUCUGGGCUUCUCCCUGCUGCCUCAAAUGCACUGCCGAUUGGGUUUGAUACUGCCUGCUUAUGGCAUGACGCAGCUCGGGCCACCACCCUCGGUCCCUGAUCAUGUGAGCAUUGGUUUGCCUAUGUUUCUUCGCCUCCAGAGGACCGGGCUAGCAAUGCCUGCUUAUGGAAUGUCCCGUCCCGGCAGCAUGUCAUCAGCUCUUGACUACAUCCACCUGGACCCUUUCUUGUCUCCUCAAAGCUUCAUCUGUCUCGGAAGUGCUAUGUCAGUUUAUGGGAUGGGCCGCCUGGGAAUCUCCUUAUUGGUGCCGGACCAUUUCGCCUUGGGUAGCACAUUGCUUGUACACACAAUGUCACGACCUGGCUCCACGCUCUUCGUAUAUGGCUUUGCAUGCUUGGGAUUCCCUUUGCUGGCGCUGGAUCUUGUCACGGUUGGCUCAGCAUCCCCUUUGCACGGCUUCGCCUACCUGGAGCCAUCCAUGUUCAUGUAUGGCAUGUGUGUGGUGACCGAGGGCUUUAGGACAAGAGGCUAUGCCGAGUUUUGUAGCUCGUACUUGGUGAGAAGCUUUGCACGCCUGGGCUUACCUUCGUUUGCAUAUGGGCUAUCGUGGCCCGAGCUUCCGUUGUCAGUGCUGGACUAUGUGCAAACCGAGUCCCCUUUGCCCCUAAGAGGACCUUCGUGCUUGGGAUCGUCUCCUCCCGUCUUCGGCUUGGCUUGCUCGGGGCCGCCACUAUUCAUCUUGGACUUUGUAUGCCUGGAGCCUUCGAUGCUCGUGAGCAGCCCUAUGCAAGCCGACAGGACGCCCUUGGCAUCCGACUACGCCAGCAUGCAAAGCUCCCUCUCGCUGAGGGGCUUUGGCAGGCUUGGUUUGCCACUGUUUGCUUGCGGCAUGUCGCGCUUGGGUCUCUCGCCAUCACUGCUCGACCCUUUGCAGACGGGCUCUUCUUUGCCGGCUCAUGGCUUUGCAAGGCCUGGCAGUGCUGCCUUGGUCUACGGCAUCGCAAGGCUUGGACUUCCUCUGCCUGUCCUGGACUCUGUUCAGCCGGGAUCGGCAGCGUCUCUGCGAUGCUGGAUGCAAGCAGAUUUCGCUCUGUCCGCCUAUGGCAUGUCGCAGCUUGGACUGACCUCGCUUGUUCCUGAUCUCGUGCAUUCAGGAUCCGCGAUAUCAUCAAGGUACUACCUGCGUCUUGAAUCAAGCCUGCUAGUGUAUGGCAUGUCCCAAUUGGACUCCACUUUGUUGGCUUUGGACUACGUGCAUCUGGGGUUUCCUCCAUUGUUGCGAGCGCUCUGCUGCAUUGACUCGACGAUUCCCGCCUAUGGCAUGAGCCGCCUCGAAGUCUUUGUGUUACCGUCGGAUUCCAUUUCGCUGGGUGCCUCUUCGCUUCUGCGGAGCUUCGCCUGUUUGGGUCCCGCGCCGUCGGUGUACGGCUGCACUUGCCCAGACCUGUCGCCUUUUGCACUGGACUUCGUGCACUCGGAGCCGCCACCCUCGCCACGAGCUCAUGCCCGAACGGAAGCGUUCUUGUCGGUGUAUGGAAUGUGCUGGCCUGACUUGCCGCUGCCCCUGCUUGACUUUAUCCAUUCCGACUUCUCCUCACUGUCACGUGGUUCUAGCUGCUCAGACAUCUUGCUUCUGGUCUUUGGCAUGUCGUGGCCAGGCAGCUCACUUCUUGCCCUAGACAUGAUCCACACAGGAAGCUCCUUGCUGCCACGGUCGCUUAUCUGCUCGGGCUUCUUGUCGUCCGUCUAUGGGGUGGCUGCACCGGAAGUGCUUUUGUCGGUUUUGGACCUUGUUCGCCCGGGACCUGUCUUGCCGAUGCAAAGCCACCUGUGGUCAGAUCCGUUUCUGCUGGUCUCUGGCGUGACAUGUCCCGAACUGCCCCUUUCUACAUCGGAUCCCUUGCAUCUAGGCCUUUCAUCGCCUCUUCACAGCUUUACUUGCCUUGACCCGUCGCUUCCAAUAUCCGGCAUCUCUCAGCCGGAGUUCAGCUCGCCUGCUGCCGACUUUAUAAGCCCCGGUCUGACCUUGCCUCUUAGAAGCAUGAUGCGGGUGGGCUCCAUUAUGCCGGCCUUCGGCAUGACGCGACCAGGGCUCCCUUUGUCAAUCUUGGACUUCAUCCACAUGGGUUCCAUGCUGCUCUUGCAAGGAUCUAUCAGAGUUGGCUUUUUGUCGUUUCUCUAUGGCAUCUCGACUCCCGACCUGCCUGCGCUUGCAUCGGACUCUGUGAACUCGGGAGCUUCGCCGUCCUUGCAAUCGUCCUUCUGCCUCGACUUCCCGAUGCCCGUCUAUGGCCUAGCACGUCCUGAGUUUUUCUUGGCCGUCUUGGACCUUGUGCAUUCAGACUUGAUUCCUCUGAUGCAAAGCCCUGUCUGCCUGGGCUUGGCUCUUCUUGUGUGGGGCAUGACCUGCCCUGGCUUUUCACUUCCUGCCCCUGACUUCCUGCACUCAGGACCCCUGCCGUCGCUGCAUAGCUCGAUGUGUGCAGAUUUGCCCCCGCUGGCCUACGGCUUCUCGAAGUUGGGCCUUCCAAUGCCGGUCUUGGACUCUGUAGCCGUGGGCUUUCUGUCGUUGCCUCGCAGCCACAUGUGCUCGGACCUUUCGACAAUCGCCUAUGGUGCGGCCAGAUCGGGGUUCACUCUUUUAAUGCCAGACCCUGUUCUGCUGGAAUCGGCGCUUCUCUUGCAAGGAUCUGCGCAAAUGGACUUUUCCCUCUUUGCAUAUGGCAUAUCCCUCCUUGACAGCUUGCUUCCGGUUUUGGACCAUGUGGAUUUAGGUCCACUUCUGCUUCUGCAAGCACCUGCAUGUUUCGACUUCAGCAUGCUUACCUUUGGCUGUGCCAGACCGGACUUCUUCUUGCUGAUGCUUGAUCCUAUGCAGGCUGACAGCCUUCCGCUGCUGCGUAGCCUGGUGCAUUCGGGAUUCUUGAUGUUCGCGUUCGGCGUGGCUUGUUCGGGCUUGCCCCUGUCUGUUUCGGACCUUGUCUCUGUGGGAAGCUUGUUGCUACUGCAAAACCACUUUCGCUCCGGCCUCCUAGCGUCCGUCUAUGGCAUCAGCAGGCCCGAGGCAAGCUUGCCUGUGCCAGAUUACGUGAUGAUGGGCCCAUUGCUUUUGGUUCGAAACCUUUGCCGACCGGGGCCGCUGUUGCCGGCAUAUGGAGUCACUUGUCCUGAUGCACUGACGCCGGUCUUGGAUUCCACACACCUUGGAAGCUGUCCUCCACUCCGUGGUUUUGUUUGUAUGGGUUCGUCGAUGCCUCUCUACGGAGUUGCACAGCUCGACUCGCCUCUGUUGGCGCUUGAUCUUGUAAGCCUCGGGCUCAUGCUGCCAUCACAGUGCCUUGCUUGUAUUGAGCCCUCUCUGUCCCCUUUUAGAACGAGCCGCUUCGAGCCAUCGAUGUCGACUCCUGAUCCUGUGCAAACUGAUCCCUUGUUAUCACUGCAAGGAUCUACCCGCAUGGGACCCACAUUUUUGACCUAUGGCCUGACGAGACCUGGGCUCCCAUCACCAGCCCUGGACCUUUGCCACUCUGACAGCUCAGCUUCUCUUCACGGUUCCGCAUGUCCAGGCUUUCUUCCUUCACAGUAUGGCUUGAUGCGUCCGGGCCCGCUCCCGUUCGUGCCCGACUCCGUGACUUCAGACCCUCCCCUGCCGGUAAGGGCUUUUCUUUGCUCGGGCUCCGUGUUGUUGGUUUACGGAAUGAGCUAUCUGGAUGUCUUGCUUUCUGUGCUGGAUUUCGUGCACACGGAAAGCCUUGUGCCACUACAUAGCCACUGCUGGACCGGCCCUUCUUCGCUGGCCUACGGCGCGACCUGCUUGGAAAGCACGCUGUCAACACUGGACUUUGUGCAGCCAGAUUCACCGUCGUUUGUGCAAAGUUCUGCGCGCACGGACCCUUCUGUGUUGCUCUACGGCGUGAUGAGGUUGGGCUUCACACUGUUUCUGCUCGACUACGCCCUGCUUGGCAGUUCCUUGUCUCUUCGCAGCCAUGCGCAGGCAGGUCCACUGCUUCCAGCUUAUGGGCUGAUGUGGUUGGACUCGCCUCCGUCUUCAUCAGACCUCGCGGAUCCAGAAUCCUCCUCGCUGCUGCGCUCCCUUAUGCAAUCGGGAUCCAGCAUGCUUGUCUACAGCAUCGGCAGGUUGGGACUGUCCUCAUCCACUCCGGACUCCGUGAACCCGGAGAGCUCCUUGCUGCCCAGAGCGCUUGCCCAAACGGAGUUGCCGUCGCCUGCCUACGGAAUGGUCGGCUUGGGCAGCUCGCUUUUUGUACCGGAUCACCUGAGUCUGGGGGCGUUCCUAUCUUUGCAGAGCCACAUCUGCUCGGGAUUUUCGCUACUUGUCUAUGGCAUCAGUCGUCUAGGCUCAAAUCCGGUCGUGAAAGACUGCUUCGUCGGUGCAAGCUCGCUGCCUGUGCGUUCUCACGCUUGUUCGGGCUUCAGUCUUCCUGCUUUCGGUGUGGUGAAUCCGGGCCUCGCACCUCUUGCACUGGAUUAUGUGAAUCCAGAGCUUCCCCUGCUCUUGCGGUCUUCCAUUCGCCUCGAAUCCGCUUCGCCCGUCUACGGUCUAUCUAGGCCAGGCUUCUUGCUGCUUGCGCUGGACUCUUUGCAUCCAGACUUCUCCAUGUUGCUGAGAUCCCAUUGGCGUCCGGGUUCCACCACGCCGCUCUAUGGAACGGCGAAGCCAGGAGCCUUCUUUGCCUGGGCCUCCCUCCUUUGGUCUAUGGCAUGGGCUGAUCGGACUGGGGCACGAUUCCUCCAUCUCGACUUAGCUACGCUGGUCUACGGGAUUGCACGUUUGGAUUCGAUGCCCUUGGCCCUGGAUCCCAUCCAUCCGGGCUCCACACUGCCUAUUCGAGGCCUUGCCAGGAUGGAGUUGUCUUCACCCGCUUACGGCAUGUCGAGGCCAGGGCUGCUGUUGCCAACUCUUGACUCCAUGCAGCUUGGACUAUCGCUUCCAUUACACAGCGCCAUCCGGCUUGAACCCCCGCCGUCGGUCUACGGGCUGACACGGACGGGCUCCUCCCUGUCCUUGCUUGACUCUUUGUCCCCAGGCUUCACGUUGCUGUUGAGGUCUUUCGUUUGCCCCGGCACCCUGACUUCAGUCUAUGGCAUGGUCUGCUUAGAGUCGCCGAUGCCUGUUGUCGAUUUUGUCCAUUUAGGCCCGUCUCCGUCGCCGAGGACACCUUCUCAGCCUGGGCUGGCGCUCUCUGCCUAUGGCCUCGUUCGCCCCGGUCCGAGCCUGUCUGCGCUGGACGCUAUGAGUUUGGGCUCUGCUUUUUCUCCAAGCAGUUCUGUCCGUCCGGGACUUUUUCCGCCAGUGUAUGGGCUGACAUGCAUGGGCUCCAGCCUUUUGGUGCUGGACUAUGUGCAGUCGGGUCUUCCGAUGCUGCUGCACAGCCACAUUUGCUCGGACCCUCUGUUGUCAGCUUACGGACUGGUGUGCUUGGGCCCUAUGCCACCAGUUUUGGACCUUGUCAACAUCGACUUGGCUCCACCGAUCCUGAGUCUUGCUCGCCUGGGAUUCCCCCUGCCGGCUUUCUCCAAGACUCGGCUUGAGAAAUCCCUGUCUGCCCUCGACUUUCUACACCUCGGCUUGCCAACAUCCCCUCAAAGCCUCAUUAGGACGGGCCCCUUAGCUUCAGCCUACGGUUUGUCCUGUUCGGGGCCAUUGCCUCCAGCCUCGGAUCCUGCACACUCGGGAAGUUUGCUGCUGCUCCAGAGCUACCUUUGGUCGGGCCUUCUGAUUUCCAUCUUUGGGCUAUCAAAGCUGGGCUUUCUCAUGCCCGUGCUGGAUUCCACUCUGCUUGGGCCGACAAUGCCGCUGCGAUCUCUUGCUCGCUUUGGCUCCUCUCUCUCACUCUUCGGUGUGAAUACGCCGGGCCUGCUCAUGCCCGCGUCAGAUCAUGUCCAGCUCGGGCCAAGCGUGCUACCGCAGGGCUCUGUACGAUCUGACCUUCCGUUGCCAACUUACGGGCUGACAAGGCCGGACUUACCCACGCUCACUCCAGAUGUCAUCACCCUAGAUUUCUCCCUGCCUCUGCAGUCUCCCAUUCGAACUGAGCUUCCCUUGCUGCUUUAUGGAAUCGCGAAGCCAGGGCCCUUCUUGCCGGUGCUGGACCUCGUCAGUGCAGGGUUUGCAGCUUUGCCUCGAAGUUUCCUGCGACCCGACUCCACCCCAUCUGCAUCCGGUAUGACGAAGCUGGGCUCUUCGCCUUCGGUCUUGGACUACGUUGGCUUGGGGCCCUUUCUGUUGCUGAAGGGCCCUCUUCAACCCGGCCUCAGCUUGUCUGCUUAUGGCCUGGUCGGGCUUGGUUCGCUACCGCUUGCCUUGGACCUCGUCCACUCAGGCAUCGGAAGUACGACUUUGCUGAGAUCCUUCGUUUGCUUGGGCUUCUUGCUUCUGGUCUUCGGCCUGGCAUGCUCAGACUUCAUCCUGUCCGUGCUGGACUCCGUCCAACUUGACAGCACCAUGCCUUCGCACAGCUUCAUUUGUCUCGGGCUGGGAUCGUUCGCUUAUGGAUUGACGCGCUUGGACUUCCUUCCGCUGGCUCCUGAUUUCGUUCAUUUAGGCUUGCCCAUGUCACCACGAGCCUGCGUUCAACUGGAGUCGAUGCUUUCAGCCUUUGGCAUGUCGGUGCUCGGGCUAUCAAUGCCAGUUUUGGAUUCCGUCCAGCUGGAUUCGCUGCCGUUGCUUCGCAGCUCUGCUCGCAUCGAACUGCCGCUGCUUCUUUAUGGCAUGGGACGACUCGGUUCAUCGAUGCCCGCUUUGGACUUUGUAUUUGUAGGAUUGUCUGUGCAAGGUCCUGCUCGAGCUGGCCCCCUUCUGCCUGUGUACGGACUGGUUUGCUUGGGCUUUUUCCCAUCUGUGCCAGACUUCGUCCACUUGGGCUCGCCGCCGCUUCUGCGGCUGGGCUCGCCUACGCCAGCCUACGGUGUGACCUGCUUCGAAUCCUCGACGUUUGCUUCGGACCUCAUCCAGUCCGAGCUGCUUUCAUCGCUCCGAGCAUUCAUCUGCUUUGGCUUGGCGCCUCCGGCUUACGGCCUGACCUGUUUGGUGCUGCUGGCCUUCGGCAUGGUCUGCCUCGAGCUGCCCCUCUUUGCCUUGGACUUCUGCCACCUGGGCCCUUUUCUGCUCUCGCAGAACCACAUGCAAGUGGGCCUUUCAUUGUCGGCCUAUGGCAUGACCAGGAUCGGGCCUUUGUCGUCGGCCUCGGAUUCUGGGCACAUGGGAUUCUCGGUGCCCUUGCACGGUUUCGUGAAGAUCGGGUCCACUUCGCCUUUGUUCGGCUUGUCUAGGCCGGGAAGCUUCCUGUUGGUGCUGGAUCUCAUCCAAACUGAGUCCUCGACGUCCUUGCAGGGGUUCGCAUGCCCUGAUAGCACGACUUCCGUCUUCGGCAUGGCCCGGAUCGGCCUUCUUCCUUCGGCUUCGGACCUUGUGUCUCUCGACUUUCCACUGUCUCUGAGGCUUGGACCGAUGACUCUGGCGCUGGAUCACGUGACUGCGGGUCUGCUGCUGUUCUCGCGAACUCCCGCGUGCUCCGAUCCGUUGUUGUUGGUUUGGGGAAUGUCCACAUCAGGACUCUCGCCUCCUGCGCUGGAUCCUGUAGCUCCCGAUUCCCUACCGCUGCUGAGGGCCCCCUGCCGAUCAGGGUCUGUGAUGUUGGCUUACGGGAUGGUGCGGCCAGGUUUCUUGCCGCUUGCAUUGGAUCUUGUUCGCACCGGACCGAGCCCUCCUCUGAGGACAUCCGCUUGCAUUGGCUUCGCACUCUUUGCUUAUGGCCUCACCCGACCUGGCCCGCCUUUGCCGGUGCUGGACUCUGCGAGUCCGGAGUCUUCCUUGUCGAUGCACUCCUCCGUCAAAACGGGGCCGGCCCUUGUGGCUUACGGCUUAUCGCAGCCGGGCCUCCUCUUGCUUGUGUUGGACUUCGUCCAUCCGGACAGCAGCUUGUCACUGCGGGGCUUCUUCUGUACAGGCUUGCUGAUGCCAGCCUAUGGUAUGUCUUGCAUGGGCUUCUGCACACUUGUGUCAGACUGUGUUCACCCUGGCCCGCCCAUGCCGCUGCACUACCACGCGCGUUUGGACUCCACCCUUCCGGUUUUCGGGAUGGCCCGGUUGGGAUCUCUGAUGUUCAUCUUGGACCCCACCAACUUCGGGAGCUCUCCACCGGCCAGGAGCCAUUUCUGCGUGGGUGCCUCCCUCCUUGCCUAUGGCAUGUCCUGGCUUGGCCUUCCUUCGUCUGUCUUGGACUCCAUCCGACCCGAGAGCCUUUUGCCUUUGCACGGCCUCUGCAGGCUUGGUGCGUCUCUGUUAGCCUCUGGCAUGACAUGCCUCGAGCCUCCGAUGCCUACUUCGGACCUCUUGCGUCUGGGCUUCCCCAUUCCCUUGAGAUCCAUGCUCUGCACAGGCUUCGGGCCGUUCGUCUCUGGGAUGGCGCGUCCUGGCCCCUCGCCGCUUGUUCCCGACUUCAUUCAUCUGGGGUUUUCGAUUUCAUUGCAGGCUUCUGCUCAGCUCGGAUCCCUUCUGUCUGCGGCCGGCCUGGCACGGUCGGGCCCAUCUCUGUCCACUUUGGACCUCAUUCAUUUGGGCUUCUCGUUGCUUCUCCGAGGCCAUGCCCGCACUGGCUUUGUUCUGCCGGCAUACGGCAUGACUAGGCUCGGCCUGCCCAUGCCCACUUCAGAUAUGUGUCACCUUGGCUUGCCCUUGCCUCCCCGAUCGCUCAUCUGGCUUGAUCUUGCUAUGCCGGUCUAUGGCAUGGUUUGCAUGGGCCUGUUGUCGCCAGUCCUGGAUUUUGUGCAUCCAGGUUUCAGUUCGUCGCUUCGGCAUUCUGCAUACUCCGGCCCGCCUCCUUCAGUAUACGGCUUCAUGCAAACAGGGUUUCCGCUCUUGACACUGGACCAUCUGUCGGUCGGCAGCCCCUUGCCUCUGAGAGGGCACAGCCAACUGGGACUCACGACUCUCGCCUACGGCAUGAGUCAGAUUGGGUCACUGCCGUCCACAUUGGACUUUGCAACUUUUGAAAGUGCCCUGUCUUCGAGGAGCUUCAUGUGCACGGAAGUGUCCUUACCUGUGUCCGGGCUUUCGCGACCGGGCUUGAUGAUGUCAGCCUUGGAUCCUGCUCAGCUCGGCCCCGUUCCAUCCAUUCGUAGCCUUGCGCAGUCGGAACUGUUCCUAUUGGCCUAUGGCCUGGCCAGGCUUGGGCCUAUGCUGCUUGCGCUUGACCUUGGUAGCGUUGGUGCCUUGUUGUCCAUUCAAACUUUUGUCCGGACGGGCUCGGUGUCGUUGGCCUACGGCACAUGUUGUACGGACUCUAGCCUGUUUUUGCCGGAUCCUGCAAGCUUGGACCCUACGCCUUCCUUGCACGGCCUCGCUUGCUGUGAGUCCAUGCUGCUGUCAUAUGGCAUGUCAUGCCCAGACCUGUCUCUGUCGAUCCUGGAUUCCAUCCACACAGACAGCUUGUCAUCCUUGCACGGACAUGUCCGCUUGGGCUUCUCGCUGCCUGCAUUUGGAAUGACACGGCCAGGAUUCAGUUUGUUCGCGUCAGAUUCUGCACAGAUGGGUCUGCCUCUGUUCCCUCGUGGGCACUUGCGCGUCGAACUUUCACCUUCUGCCUAUGGUGUUGGAUGUCCAGGACUAUUGCUACUUACACCGGAUCCCAUCCAUUUCGGGUUGGCGCUGCUUAUUCGCAGCUUCCUGCAGGCCGGACCUGUGCCUUCUGCCUAUGGCAUCGCAUGCUGUGGCCUACCUAUGCCGACCCUGGACUUCGUCCAUUCAGGGCCUCUGCUGUUUUUGAGGAUUCCUUUUGCCACUGCCCGACUUCAUCACACCUGGGUCGAUGCUGCUGCUGCAGGUUUCUCUUUGUCAGCGCCGGACCUCUGUCAGGCUGACCCGCCUCUGUCGGUGCAAAUGUUUGUGUGCCCUGGUUUCUUCACGUCGGCCUCCGGCAUCGCCAGAUCGGAAUCGCUGUUGCCUGUGCUUGACAUGAUGUCUAUUGGACCACUUCUGCCCUUGCAAGCCUCCAGCCGAAUGGAGCUGUCACUUCCUGUCUACGGAAUGUGCUGGUCAGACCUGCCUCCUUCCGUGCUGGACUUUGUGAAAAUCGAGCUGCUACUGCUGCUCCAAAGCCAUGCGUGCCCUGGUUCGUUACUGUUGGUUUAUGGCCUGGCCUGUUCAGGUCCUUUACCGGUUGUUCUGGACCUUGUUGGGCUUGACCUGCCACUUUCACUGCGGACGUCCUUCAGGCUUGGCUUGGCGUUGCCUGCAUAUGGCUUGUCGCGGUCAGGCUCCUUGUCUCCGGUGCUGGACCCCAUCCACCCAGACUUGAGCAUGUCACUACAGGGCUCUUUCCGCACAGGCCCUGUGCUGCUCACAUAUGGACUGGCACGGCUAGGCCUUCCCCUGCUGAUUCCAGACUCCAUGCAAGCCGAGUUGCUGCUGCCAGUGCAGGGCUUCGUUCGGUCGGACCCCUCACUGCUGGCUUAUGGGAUGUGUUGUCCAGGCUUUGCCAUGUCAAUCUCAGACUGCGUUCGGCCGGGAUUGCUGCUGCUUCCCCAGGCGCUCGCAUGCUUUGGCCUCCUGCUGUCGGCCUUCGGCGUAAGCAAAUUGGAAGCACUGUUGCCCUCGCCUGACCACAUACAACCAGAGCUGAGUACUUCUUUGCGGGGCCACUGCCGCACGGGUUUCCUGACGUCUGCUUACGGUGUGAGCAAGCUCGGCUCCCCAAUUCUGGCGCUAGACUCCUUGCAGCCAGGGCCCUUGCCGCCUGCCCGCGGCCCACUUCGACCAGAAGCGCCGCUCCUGGUCUACGGCCUGACGUGCUUGGGGCCUCUCCCACCAGCCCUUGACCUGGUACACUUGGGACCUUCGUCAUAUCUGCAAACCGGUCUGAUGUUGCCAGCCUUUGGCAUGUCACGCCUAGAGCUGACAUCGCUGGUGCCUGACCCCGUCAACCCUGAACCCGUCCCGUCGCUGCGUGGCCAUUUGCGCAUCGGAUCUCCGCCAUCCGUGUAUGGUGCGAGCCAGUCAGAGUCUCUGCUGCUGGCCCUUGACUUUGUGUGCCUUGGCCCCAGCUUGUUCUUGAGAGGAUUCAUGCCUCCUUUGCGCGGCUUUGUCUGCACGGAUUCGGCACCCUUAGCAUUCGGAAUGACCUGCCCUGGCAGCUCCAUGUCUUCGCCUGACCUCCUGCAUCCCGGCUUCCUGGCUUCUUUGCGCAGCUUCGUGCACGCGGAGCUCUCGCCAUCUCUCUUCGGUAUGGUGUGCUCGGACUUGCUGCCUUCGAUUCUGGACCCGGCGCACCCAGGCUUGUCCUUGCUCCUGCAAACGCCCGCACAGCUAGGCCCCAGCUUGUUUGCCUAUGGCAUCUUCCGACCUGGUCUUACCAUGCCGGCACCGGAUUCCCUUCACUUGGGCUUCACAUCUCCUCCAAGAGCCCAUGCUAGAUCAGGAGCUUUGCUGUCCGCUUAUGGAAUGGCCAGGACGGGCUCCCUGCUUUUGGCUGUCGACUUUGCGAACCUCGGAUCGGCCUCGCUCCCGCGAUCCUCCUUUCGACUGGGCUUCCCAACGUUCGCUUAUGGCCUGACGAGGCCCGGGCCUCCCAUGCCCACACCUGACAUGACAGCAUCAGGCCCCAGCUUGUCCUUGCAGUCCUUCCUUUGUCUCGAGCUCUUGCUGCCCGCCUACGGAUUGACCCGCAUGGGCCUGCUUUUGCUUGUGCUGGAUCCCGUUCACCUUGGCCUCGCACUUUCGGCCAGGGGUUCCGCGUGCUCCGGGCCGGCCCUUCCGGCCUUCGGCAUCACUCGCCUGGGCUUCUUCUUGCUGGCGUCAGAUGUGACGUGUUUGGGAAGCUCCACGCCCUUGCAAGGCUUUCUGCACCUGGGUCUGGUACUGCUUCUCUACGGGCUUAGCCGACCCGAGCUUCCACUCUCAGCUCCAGACUACGCUGCUGCUGGCUUCCCUCUUUCGCCCCGCUCCCUCGUUUGCUGUGGCUUUGCUUCGCCGCCUUUCGGGAUGGCGUGGCCGGGUUUCUUGUCGUCGGUGCCGGAUCCCGUGCAGUCAGAGCUCGCGUCACCGGUCCGAACUUCUUUGAGACUCGGCCUGUUCAUGUCCGCCUACGGCUUUGCAUGUGUGGGCCUUUUCCUGUCAGCCCUGGAUCUCGUCUCAGCGGGUCCUUUUCCGCCAAUCCAAAGUCUUGUGAGACUCGACCCAUCACUGUUGGCGUCCGGCAUGUCAAAGCCUGAUUCCCCUCUACCAACAUUGGAUCCCGUUCACCUUGGCCCGUUGCUGUUUGUGCAAACACUUGCACGCCCGGAAGUGCUCUUGCCUGUGUAUGGCUUGACGCGAUUGGAGCUGACUCUUCUGGUACCAGACUCCAUCCACACUGACUUGCCUUUGCUGCUUCAUAGCAUGAUCUGCCUGGGCAGCCCGCCCUUUGCAUACGGCAUUGCUUGUCUCGGGUUGCCUCUGCUUGCCUUGGACUUUGCAAGGGCCGGCCUGUCUCCGUCCUCACGCAGCUCCUGUCAACCGGACUUGACGACUUCUAUCUACGGCUUUUCGACACCUGGCCUGCCAACGCUCGUUCCGGACUUCGUGUGUUCAGAAUCUGUGCUGCCUCUCCGUGGCUUCUUACGCUUGGAGCCAUCGAUGCCUGCAUAUGGGAUGAGCGCAUCAGGAUUGUCACUGUCUGUCCUUGACUUCGUGAGUGCAGAGUCAUCCCUUCUCUUGCAGACGUUUUUGCAUAUGGAGCUGUCGUCGUUUGCCUACGGGCUGAAUCGCUUGGACUUGCCCUUGUUGCUCUCGGACUCUGCGCAUCUCGGCUUGCCACCGCCCAUUCAUGGACUUGCCUGCUUGGGUUUCUUCCCGUUUACGUCUGGCCUGACAUGCCUUGACUUCUUGCUGUUGGUGUUGGACAUGGCGCAUUUUGAGUUGCCGACGUCGGCUCGGGCUUUCGCCCGCCUGGACUCCUUGAUGCCCGCCUUCGGCAUCGCAUGCUUGGGCUCGAGCUUGCCUGCGCUGGAUUCUGUCUGCCUGGACAGCACGCCCUCUUCACGAUCAUCUGUCUGGAUUGGAUCUGUGCUGUUUGCAUACGGGCUUACGUGGCCGGGUCCUUUUGCACCGAUCUUGGACUAUGUGCAGAUGGGGCUCCUCAUGUCCUUGCAGGCGUCUGCCCGGACCGGCCUCAUUCCUUCUACCUUUGGCAUUUCCAGACUGGCAAGUUCGCCAUCCGCGCUCGACCUUUGCAACUCUGGCUCAAUGACGUUGCUGCGCAGCCUCGCGAGGGCAGGCCUGUUGCUUUUGGCAUAUGGCUUAUGUCGAGUAGAUUUCCCGUCGUUCGCGCUUGACUUUGCCCAUCUAGACCCGCUACUGCCACCGAAGUCGAUGUCGCGCUUGGAGCCGACGCUUCUAGUUUACGGCUUAACAUGCUUGGGCUCGCCUCUGCUUCUGCCAGACCAUGCCCACCUUGGAAGUGCAACGUUCCUGCGCGGCCACACACGUUUGGGGCCAAGCUUGCUGGCCUAUGGGGUGGUGCGCAUGGAGCUCCUGCUGCUCGCCUCGGACUCUAUCAAUCCUGGCUCGCCCAUGCCGCUGCAUAGCUUCGUCUGGCUGGGAUCUUCCAUCCUGGUCUACGGCGCCAGUCGCCCUGGUAGCUUUUUGCCAGUGCUGGACUCCGUGCACACCGAUCCGCCUUUGCCCUUGCAAUCUCUCGCACAGCUCGGAGCAUCGCCGCUCACCUCUGGCUUGGUCUGCUUGGAGGUGUCCUUGCUGGCACCAGAUCUCGCGCAGUGUGGGCCGCUGAUGUUGCUGAGGAGCCUUUUGCGACUGGGUCCGGUGAUGCUUGCUUUCGGCUUCUCCACCCUGGGUUCGACCCUUCUGGUGUUGGAUUUCGUGUCCACUGGCCUGACCACAUCGCUGCAGUCGCCCAUGCGGAUUGGUCCAUCUUUGCUGGUCUAUGGCCUGUCCUGGACGGGCUCCAGCCUUCCUGUGCCAGAUCUCGUUAACCCCGGCCUUCCAACGUUUGUGAGGGCUUCCUGCUACUUUGGCUCCUCGCUCCUAGCGUAUGGCCUGUUAAGGCCCGGGCCUUCGCCCUUGACCUUAGACAUGUCGUGCUCAGAGCUUAUGUUGUCCUUGCACAGCCUCGCGUGCAUGGGGCUUGCCUUGCCGGUCUACGGCGUUUCUUGCCCAGACCUGUCCUUGCUUGCGCCUGAUCCAGUUGCCUCUGGCUCGCCUUCACUGCUGCAGGCGCCCAUGCGUCCGGGACCGACGACCUUCGCCUCUGGCUUGUCCAGGUCGGGUUCUUUGCCUUCUGCGUCAGACCGUGCCUGCACGGGGCCUCUGCUGCUGUCGCGCGGCUUCUUCCACCUGGACCCUUCGACGCCGGCUUACGGCAUGGCUUGGCUGGACUCUCCGACGUUGGCUCUGGACCUCGUCAACAUCGGCGUCGUGCUUUUGAUGCGAGCCUUUGUCCACUUGGAUGCAAGCUCAUCGGUGUACGGACUUUCAACUCCAGGAUUUUUGCUGCUAGUGCCAGACUUCGUCAACCCUGGUAGCGCCUUGCCCUUGCAAUCACUGGCACGUUGUGGCCCCUCCACCUCUGCGUAUGGUUUGGCUCGGCUCGGCUUCUUGGUGCCAAUGUCAGACUCCAUGAGCGUGGAAGCGCUAAUGUUUCCGCGCACGUUUGCUCGUUUAGGCUCUCCGCCCUUGGCGUAUGGACUGGUCAGAUCAGAAAGCUUGCUGCUCGUUGUCGACUCCGUUCAGGUCGGAUCUUCCUCGCUGUUGAAGACGCUUGCAUGGUCAGGCUUGGUGCCGUCGGCAUAUGGUCUGGUCUGUCCGGGCCUGUUCUUGUUGGUGCUGGAUUUUGCCACCUUUGGCUCAUCGCUGCUUUUGCAAACCUUCUGCUGCCUCGGGUUUGUGAUUCCGACGUAUGGUGUCAGCUGCUCGGGAUUGCCAUCGUCGGCUUCGGACCCUGUGCAUACAGACAGCGUGCUGUCCGCGCGAAGCUUCGGUUGCUCUGGCCUCCCUCUUCUGGCUUUUGGAGUGACCCGACCAGCAUCCUCUUCACUGGUCUCAGACUUUAUGCACUCGGACUCGAGCUUGUUUCUAAGGUCUCCCGUGUGCACGGACUCCCUGCUUUCGGCCUAUGGCCUGGCGCGAACAGGUCUUUCACUAUCUGCCCUUGACCUCAUCCAUGCUGGCCUUCUCCUGUUUGCUCGUGUCUUCACGCGACCUGAACUGAUUCCUUCGGUCUUUGGCAUGUCCAGGUUAGAGCCACUGAUGUUGGUGUUGGACUUUAUCCAUCUAGGCUCUCCCACGUCACUGCAAGCUUUCUGCAGGAUCGAUCUGUUCUCGUCUGCCUACGGCACAGCACGGCUCGGAUCGCCGCCGCUGGUGCCGGACUUUGUGCAUUUAGAACUCCCCAUGCUUUUGCACAGCUCUGCGCACACGGGCCCCCCCUUGCCAGUCUAUGGCUUGGCCUGUCUUGAAGUGCUGUCAUUGGCCCCGGAUUUCAUCCACUCGGAGUUUCCACCGUUUGUCCGGACACCUUGUCGACUCGGUGUCUUGGCGCCCGUCUACGGCAUGGUCUGGUUGGGCUCGACGACGCCCCCACCCGACCUUGCAACGACUGGGCCAGCCUUGCCAGCCAGACACAUGGUUUGCUCUGGCAGUCUUCCUUCGGCCUUCGGCAUGCUCCGCUUUGGGCCACCAUCCUCGGCUCCGGACAGUGAGACCACGGGCUCGCCACCCUCCACGCGAAGCUUCGCAAGGCCGGAGCCGCCGCUGCCAGCACUGGGCACGGCCUGCUCCGAUGUGCCACUGCUCGUCCCUGAUUCCUCGGACUCCGGCUCUUUGCUGUUCAUGAGAUCUCUCGGUACCUUGGAAGCCCCAGCCCCAGCCUCUGGCUUAGGUUGCUUUGGCUCGUCACCCUCUGCCUCCGACCACUUGCAGAUCGGGUCGGCCUCGCUGCUGAGAAGCCGUGCAUGCCUGGGCUUCAGUGCAUCGACCUCUGGCCAAGGCUGUUUUGGCUUACCGCCCUUGAUUUUGGACUUCCUGCAACCAGCACCGCUGCAGUCACUUCGAAGCCUUGCCCGGGGAGGACUACCGUUUCUUGCCUUUGGAAGCAUUCGCCUCGGCUUGCCAUCUUUGCUGCUUGAUGGGCAACAGACAGGCAUCCUGCUGGCGGCGAAGGCUCUUGCCAGGCUUGAUUUCGUUCUGUUUGCGUUCGGUUUGUCUCGAUUUGACUCUCCAGUUCCUGUGCCCGACUUCAGUCACUUUGGAAGCACGAUGCCGGUGAGGAGUGUUGGCCGACUUGGCUUCGUCUCAUCGGUGUUCGGACUGGCGUGCUACGAUUUCUCGGCUUUGGCAUCCGACCGUGCACACAUGGAGCUUCCCCUGUCGCUUCACAGCACGGGACGACCAGGGCCAAUGUUGCCGGCCUGCAGCAUCGGUUGUCUCGGCUUGUUUGUUUUGGUCUUGGAUGUCGCUGAGAUGGAGCUUGCGCUGCUUUUGCAUAGCUUCGGGUGUCCAGGUUCCCUGCUUUCCGUGUUUGGCUUAGGUUUUGCACACAUGGACCUGUCCUCGUCACUUUACGGAAUGGUGUGUCUGGGAGCUAGUCUGCUGGCCUUGGAUUCCAUCAGCGGUGGCUUGGCACCGUUUUUGCGGAUUCGGGCAACCGGGCGCCUUUAUGUUGGCGUGGAGCUGCGCAAGGUCCGAAUCACCGGCGCUGUUGUCCGACUACUUGCGAUCGGGCCUGCCCACGUCCCCCAGAAACCAUAUCCGAUGUGGCAGCGUGAUGUUGACGUCUGGCAUGGCAAGAACGGAGGUCGUCUCAGCUUCGGGUCGUGCCUCUCUGUUUUGGAUAUGGCCACCCCUGGUUCCUCGCCACCGCUGCAAUCUUUGGCGCUAGGCUCUGCGAUGUCCGUGGUCUCCGUGGUGCGCUUUGGCCCACCAACCUUCGUUCCGGACUAUGUGCUCAUUGGCUUGAGCGUGUCCCUGCGCGACCUCGCCCGCUUAGAAGCUUCCCUUUUCAUCUUUAGCGCCGUGAAGGCCGAGCCGCUGUUGUUCCCAUUGGACUUCAGCCAUUUCGGGCCGAUGUCUCCGGCGAGGUCAGGCGCAACAACAUUCACCUCCGGCGCCACGCGCUUCGAGACACUGGUGCUGGUUAUGGACUCCACUUCACCGGGGCUGACAUCUUUGGUGCAAAGCGUCGCGCUCAUGGAGAGCUCGCCUCCUGCAUUUGGCAUUGCGUGCUCCGGGCUCUUAGCAUCUUCGCCUGAUUACCUGAAUCCCGAGCCGACGACGUCACCGCACAGUGUGGGUUGGUUUGGUUUCACCGUGCCGGUAAUGAGCAGGGUAAGCUUGGGUUCCCCUCUCUUGGUGCUUGACUUCGCGUAUUUUGGCAGCCUAACGUUGGUGAGGUCUUGCUGCAGAUUUGGUCCCGCUUCUUCAGCCUCAAGCUGUGGCCGCUUUGACUUCCCUCCGCCUGUGCUUGACCUUCUGCACCCCGGCGCCUUUCUGCCACUGCGAUCUGCGGGGCAUCCAGGAUCCACGUUGCUGGCCAUGUCUGCGGUGCGCUUCGGCUUGACGUCAAGCUUACUGGAUGCUUUCAGCGCAGAGCCCUCGCCAACUACCCGGUCCUUUGGUCAUCCUGACUUUGCCUCGACGGUUAUGGGCGUGGCACGCCCUGGGCUUUUGCUUUUAGCUCUGGAUUUCGUGCAGCUCGAGUUGCCUUUGCUUUUGCAGUCUCUUGGCCGGCCAGGGCCUGCUUUGCUUGUCUUGGAUCUUUUGCAUUUGGGCCUCUUUUCGUUCUUGAGGGACCGCUCCUCGUCGCUGGCCCGAAGCUUUGCCCGGUCAGAGCUGGCCUUUUUGGCCUUUGGCGGCACGCGCUGCGGAUCGUCGGCUUCGGCCCCGGACUCCACGGCCUUGGGCUUUUUCCCGUCGCAGCGGAGUCGCGUGCGCCUGGGGCUUGCCAUGCUCCCCUUCGGCUGCGCUUGUGCUGGCCUUUCAGCGUCCGUGCUGGAUCCCUUGCAUUCGGAGCCGGCAGUGCUGCUGCGGUCCUUUGCGCAACUAGGCCUGGGCUUCUCAGUGUUCAGCCGGGUUAGCCUGGAUGCUUCGCUCUUUGCUUCGGAUUUCGUGGACCUUGAUCCGCCUCUGCCACUGCACAGCCCUGCAUGUGCUGGAUUCCCUGCCUCUGUCCUGGACCUCUUGCAGAUGGGGCCUUUCAUGUUCAUUCGAAGUCUCAGUUGCCUGGGCCUCGCAGUGCCCGUGUUGGAUUCCUUGCAUCUCGGUGCGCCUCCUUUUGCCCGUCGCCUCGCGAGGUCUGGUUCGACAGUUUUGCCCCACAGCCUCGCGCGAACCGAGUCGGCCUUUCCUAUCUUUGCCCCGAUCCGAAUGGGCCUUUCACCCUUUGUUCCUGACCACACUCACCUGGGUCCCGUGCCGUCGAUCCGCAGCCCCAGCCACCUCGGCCCUCCAACCUCAGUGCCGGAUUCCCUGCGUCUGGGCAGUGCCAUGCUGCUGCGAUCCUUCGGCUGCGCGGGCCUCUUCUUGUCUCUAUCUGGCCUCGGUCGCACGGGCUUGCUGUUGCUCGUUUUGGAUCCUGUCGACGCAGGACCGGCCCUGCUGGUGAAGAGUGCAGCCAGAUCAGAUGCCCUGAUUUCGACCUUCAGCAGGACCAGCAUGGAGUCGCGCCCGUCCAUUCUGGACUCCACCAGUUCAGGCUCCUCCGUGUGGAGUGCUGCGCGCUUGGGGCUGGUGAUUUCUACUUGUGACUUCCUCCGCCUGGGCUCGUUUCUGUCCCCCCGGAGCCUGGCACGCUUCGGUUUCAUCGCGCCAAUUUCGGAUUUGCUGCAGCUUGGCCCAUCAACGUUGCUGCGGUCCUAUGCUCGCCUCGAUUUGGCCUCGUCGGCCUCGGGCAAGACGCGGCCGGGCUCGCUGUUAUCGGUGCUUGACUGCAUUGAGACAGGCCCUUUUAUGUCCAUCCGCCAUGCUCGCUGUGGCUCGACUGUUCCAGCUUCCGACGCGGCACGCUCCGAGCUACUGCUGCUCAUCCUCGACUCCGCACAGCUGGAUGUAUCACCGUUGCUCCGAAGCACAGGAUGCUUGGGCUUUGCGGUACUGACUACGGGUAUGAGCUGCUUGGGCUUGGUGUUGCUUGCGUCAGAUUUCAGCACUCUAGGAUUGUCGAUGUUUGCACAAAGCUCUGUGCAGCUGGGCCCAACUACGUUAGUCCUUGACUUUGUUCGACCGGAGUCGAUCUCACCAGCACGUGGGCAUACUCGCCUCGGUUUGGUUACGUCGCCAUUUAGCAGAUCCAACGCGGAACUGAUUUUGUCCGCCUCGGAUGUCUCCGAGUUUGACUCCACCUUUCCAGUGCGCAGCGCGGCACGUGCUGGCGUGGCCUUGUCUUUGUCCGGUUGUGCAAGGUUCGGGCCCCUUGCUUCAAUUCCAGACCAUGUGACUACCGGACCACCGGUCUUGGUUCGAAGCUUUGCAAGAUCGGGCCUCGCGAUGCUUCCGCUUGACCUUUUCCGCCCCGGAUUGGUCACGCCGAUGAGGGGCCAUACGCGACCAGAAGCGGCGCCUUCCGUCUCUGCUGCAACUCGACUCGAAGCGCUGCUUCUCGCUUCAGACCACAUUGAGUUGGACUCUCCUCUGUUGGCAAGAUCCUGCGCUUGGCUUGGCCUAUUUCCUCCUACACCGGAUUCUGCAGAACUUGGCUUGAUGCUGCCUCUGAAGGGCACGGCAUACCUGGACUCUGCUCUUCUGGCAUUCAGCAGGAGUCGGUUGGGACUUUCGCCGCUGGUUUUGGACCCCCUUCGUUCAGAGCCGAUCACGUCUCUGCAAAGCCUCGGUCGCUCUGGCUUGGGAGUUCCAGUCUUCAAGGCCGCAUCGCCAGGGCCGACGCUCCUUGUCUCUGAUUGCACGGAGCUGGAGUCGGCAGUUUUCUUGCAGUCGCCCGCCCGCCUUGGCUCUGCGUUCCUCCUGUUUGGAGCCAUGACCCUGGGCCCGGUGCCUCUGAUUCCAGAUGUUACGGAGCCAGGCAGCACACCGCCUCUGCGCUCACGUGCACGUCCGGGCCUCGCGCUGUCCCUCUUCAGCUGCACCCGUUCUGAGUCCUUGGCCUCAGCCUCUGACCUCUUGCAUCUUGGAUCUCUGCUUUCGCCUCACUCCCUUGGCCGCACGGGGCUUCCGGUCUCGAUGUUUGGCACCGCCCGCUUGGAGUCGGCUGCGCUGACUCCCGACACGACCCUUCCAGAAUCUGCCACGUUUCUCCGAUCUGCUGCUCAUCUGGGCUUCCUGCUUCUUGCUUCCGACAGGGUGAAGUUGGGCUCCCUUCUGCCAAUACUGGACUUUGCAGAACUCGGCUCUGCUGCAUUUCUUCGAGGCCGCGGGCAGAUGGGCUCGGGACCUUUGGCCUUCGCCUUCGCGCGUCCGGGCUCGAUGCUUCUGGUGCCAGAUGUGGCAGAGCCGGGCUCGGUCUCGUCGGUUCGAGGCUUCCAGAGGCUGGGGUUUUCGAUGCCGACUUCCAGCUGCGGUUCUUUGGGGUCCUCCGCUUCGACCUUGGACUUCGCUCAUCCGGGCGCCAGUCUCUCCGCACGCGCCGUGGCACGUCUGGGCUUCGCUUCCUCGGUGGCUGGCGUAUCUGCUUCUGGCUUUCUCAUGUCAGCACCGGACCUCCUGCAGCCGGGACCACCUCUUUUUGUUCGAAGCCUCGGGCGAACGGAGCUGGCAGUCUCCACAUCUGGCUUCUGCAGAGCGGGUUUCUUCAUGUCAGUCUUUGACAGCGCUCACCCCGGAUCGACUUUGCCAUCGCAAAGCUACGCUUCCUCAGGGUCGCUGAUGCCCGUCUUCGGCCUCUCCAGACCGGGCUUCUUCACGGUCGUCUCUGACACAAGCUUCUUUGGGUCGACUCCACCACUGCGCAGCGCUGCCCAGCCUGGCAGUACGAUGCCGGCAUUCAGCUUCGCAAGCUCUGGGUCUCUCCUUUCCGUCUUGGACUGUGCAGAGACGGGCUUUGGGUCAUUGGCAAGGAGCAUGGUGCGGCCUGGGCCUGCAUUUCCGGCCUUCCGCUCGGUGACCUCUGGCUUUCUCAUGUCGAUCUUGGACUCCACACACUCUGGCUCCACCUUCCCAGUCCACAGCUUCGGGCUUCCGGGCUUCGGUCUGCUUCUCUGUAGCACCGCCCGCUCUGACGUUCCCCCUUCGGCUUUGGAUUCCACGAAUCCUGACGCAUCCUCACUGGUUCGGAGCGUCGCGCGUCCCGACACCGCGGCUUCGACCUGCGCAAGCGUUCGCCUUGGGUUUGCAAUGCCAAUCCUCGACUUCAUGCAGUCGGAGCCGCCGUUGCCCUUGCGUAGCCAUGCUUGUUUUGGCCUGGCCGUCUCGUGCGUGUUUUGGUUCAUCCUUCUCUGCAUCCAGCGCCAGUCGAUCAGAGGCCCGGCCGUGGCAAUGUCUGGAAUCGUCUGUAUGGACUCUUCGCCGUCGGUGCCGGACGCCGCUUCACUGGGCCUCUUUCUGCCUGCGAGAAGCCUCGCUCAGCUGGAGGUCUCCGUCUUCUUGUUUGGGCAGGCGUGUCCUGAGCCUAUGGCUUUGAUCUCCGAUUCUGCUCAGGUCGACUUCUCUCCCUUGGUGCGCUCUUUUGGAUUGCUUGAAUCCUCAUUGUCGGCCUCUUCUGCAGCGAGACUCGAGCUCUUCUUGCCGGUGCCAGAUCCUGUAAACCUGGGCCCAGCACUUUUCCUGCACAGCAUGGCCCGGCUCGGCCUUUUGCCCUUGGCGUCGGAUCGCGCAAAGUCGGGGUCUCCGCUGCUUCCGAGAAGCAUGGCUCGGCCGGGCACGGCCUUUGCAGCCUUCUCCAUGUCGCGCUUGGAGCCGAUCUUGACUGCCUCUGACACGACCGCUCCAGGGCCUACACUCCUGGUGAGGGCCGCUGCAAGGCUUGGGCCAACGUUCUCAGCUUCCGGCUGGGCACGGACGGGCUCCAACUCGGCCGUUCAGGCCUUUGCUAAGCUCGGCAGCACCUUGCCGGUUAUCGGUCGGACACACUUUGGCGUCUCGCCCUCAGUUUCGGACUUCGCACAUCUCGGGUCGGCGCCGUUUUCGCGAUCCUCUGCGCGAUGUGAAUUCGCGCUGUCCGCUUUGGACUUGCUUGCAACCGGUUCGCCUUUGCUGGCCAGAACCUCUAGCCAGCUGGGUCCCUUGCUGUCGGCCUUCAGCCGGGUUGCUUUGGGAUCCCCGACCUCGGCUUCGGACUUCUUGCACACGGACCUCACGGUAUUGUCAAGGAGCUGCGGUCGCCCAGGUUCUGCUGCGCUGACGUGGGGUCGUGCAAGAUCCGGUCUCCUUGCUUCGGCCUUUGACUUCCUGCAGCUGGGCUUCUCCGCCUCGUUGCAGUCCAUGGGCAGGAUGGGACCCUUCCUGCUUGCUUUGUCCAGGGUCCAGUCUGGCUUCCCCCUGCUCGUCACGGAUUCUGUUGUUCCGGGUAGCUCGCCUUCGCUGCAGUCCCUCUCCUGGCCAGGCUUUACGGCUUCUGCGUCGGACUUUGCCAGGUUUGACCUCACCUUGCUGAUCCGGAGCAUGGGCUGCCUUGGCUUCAUGCUUCCGGUGUUUGGCAAGGCCCGUUCUGGCUUAUUCAUGUUCAUUUUGGAUUUCUUGCAUCUUGAACUGGUUGUAUCUUCCCAAGGACAUACUCGGUUCGGGCUUGCUCCGUCAGUCUCCAGGGCCACACGACUGGGCUUCUUGUCGGUGACACCGGACUGUGCAACUCCAGGAGCUGUCCUGGCAUCGCAAUCUUUCGCUCGCCUCGGUCUUGUCCUGCUCCCGAUAACUACGGCCAGGUUUGGCUCUUCCCUCCCGGCGUCUGACUUCCUCCAUUUAGACUUUCUGCUGCCUACGAGAAGCCUCGCACACAUCGGUCUUGCCGUCUCGGCUGUCAACCGUGUCCGAUUUGGCCUGUCACCGCCGGUCCCGGACCUUCUGACCUCGGGCAGCUCUUUGUUUUUGCGAACUUUCUCGCACUCGGAGCUAGCGACCUUGGUGCCCGAUUUCGUCGGGCCAGGCUUUCCGAUGCUCGCAAGGGCAGUUGCUUGCCUGGAGCCAUCUUUGCCCGCUCUCUCAACGACUCGCCUUGGUCCGAGCCUGCCUUUGCUGGACCACGCCUUGCUGGGCUCCCCGCUGCUUCUUCACAGCCUUGCAUAUUUCGUGGAGUUGGACUCUGCCUUGCCGAUCCGCAGCUUCGCAAAGCCAGGCUUCAGCCUGUCAACUCUUGACUUUACUGAGCUGGACUCAUUCGUGUCCGCACUUGAUCUUGUUCAGCUGGACUUGUCGCAUGCCCACUUCGGCACCUUGGCAGCAGCCGCCUUUGUGCCUAGCCUUAGUCACUUAGGAUUGUCGCCUCCUCUCCAGACCCUUGCUCAUUCAGAUCUCGUGUUGCUGGUGCCAAGUGUAUCUCGGUCAGACGCGCCCCCUCUCGUGCUGGAUUUCGCCGUUCUUGGCUUCCCGCCUCCACCAAGAGGGCCUGCCUGCCUGGGACUGGCGAUGCUGAUUCUGGAUCUUGCAGAGACAGAGCCACUGCCGCUUUUGCGAAGUCAUUCCCGCCUCGAGCUCACAAUGCCCGCCAUUGGCUUGGCCAGGCCUGGAUUAACGCCCUCUUCACCGGACUCUGUAAACAUGGGACCUUCCAUGUUCGUUCGACAGAUGGUGUGGCUCGGGUCCUUUGCAUCAGCAUGCAGGAUGGCUUGGAUGGGCUUCAGCUCUUCCGUGCUUGACUUUGGGAACCCAGGCACCUCCCUGCUGGUUCAAAGCCCAGCGCGCUCAGAUUUUGCAUCCUUUGCUGUCGGAGUGCUGAAAAUAGAGUUGACCAUGCCAAUAUCGGAUGACGUGCUGACCGAGUCGUUCCUUCCGGUCCGAGAGUUGGUUCGAUCAGAUUCUUCCUCCUUGGUUUUGGGACUGGCUCGCCUGGGCGCAUCGUUGCUGGCACCAGACCCUAUAAGCGUUGGUGUGUUUUUAUCGGCGCGCCAGCUUGCUCGAUCGGAGUCGCCCGCGGCUUCGUCGGGAGUCAGUCGGCCGGACUUCUCGUUGUUCGUCUCGGACUCUGUGCAGACGGCUCCCUUUCGCCAGUGCGCAGGCAUGCUUGAGUGGGAGUGGCACUACCCAUCAAUGGCUCAUCCUGGGCCGUCCUUCCCUGCAGUGAACAGGGCUCGUUUUGACAGCUCUCUGCCGGCCUUGGACUUUGUAGAGUCCGGAGCUUUUGCACUGAUUCGGAGUUCGGCGCGUUCGGGCCUCACCUUGCCUCUCUUGGGAAGAGUACACCUGGGUUUCACCACGCUUAUCGUGGACCAUGCAUUUUCGGGCUCGGCGCCUCCGGCCCGCUCCUUUGCACAACCAGGCCUUCCCUUCUUGGCCUUGAGCACCGCAAGGCCUGAGCUGUUGCCUCUUGUGCCGGAUUUUGUGGUAUCGGAGGCCUCCCUCUUCUUGAGGAGCUCUUCUUGCUUGGGCUUGAAUCCCUUGGCCUCGGACUUCGCCCGUCUCGGCCUUUCCUCGUCCUUGCGGUCCCGCGCUCGUUUGGGGCUCACGCCGCCUUCGUCCGGCCUUGGCAGGUCCGGCUCAUCGGCGUCUGCGUCGGACUCCUUGAGGUUGGGCUCCCCGCUUCUGCCGCAAUCCCCCGCGCACGCGGCGCUCUCGCUCUUGGCCUCUGGAAAAAGCCAAUCCGGCUCUCCAACGUUCGUGCCGGAUCAUCUGGGACUAGAAUCCCCGAUGCUCCCUCAAAACGCUGCUUGCUGUGGGUCCUUCCCAUCGGCGAUGAGCUGCUCGCGUUCUGAAGCUUCAGCUUCCAUCUUGGAUUGUUUGCACCCUGGCUCAUCACUGUUCCUCCACAGUUUCUGCUGUUUGGGCUUCUCCUUACCAGUGCUUGACUUGGCUGUCUUUGGCUCUUCACUCUCCGUGCGCUCCCUCGCACGCCUCGGCCCAAUGCUGCUGACCUCGGACCUUGCAGAGCUCGAGUUGCCGGCGUCAACGCGGGCCGCGACCCGGAUGGAGCUUGCGAUGCUUGCGUUUGGGAGAUCCUGCUCGGAGCUCACCCUGCUGGCCUUGGACUUUGUGUGCUCUGGUCUGAACCUGUUUCCGCAAAGCCCAGCCUGCCUCGAAUCCUCGCUGCCGGCCUGCAACUAUGCAAGACCGGGACCAAGCAUGUCCUUGAGAAGUAUGGUCCAACCUGGAUUGUUGCCCCUCGCUUCUGACUGUGUUCGUUGUGGAUCGUCUCUGCCAGCCUUAGACUUCCUGCAUUCAGCUCCGUUUCUGUUUGCCAGGUCAACUGCCUGCAGCGGAUCCUUUUUGCCUGUCUCUGAUGCGGUUCGGUUUGGAUUCCCACCUUUUGCCGCGGACCUUGUGGUGUGUGGCCCAGCUCUGCUUCUGCGGUCACUGGCUCGCCUUGGAAGUCCCGCAUCUGUCUCGGACUUCAUAGAGCUCGAGCUGUUGAUGUUCUUGCAAAGCUUCGCCCGUUUGGGUCUGAGCAUGCCAGCUUUCAGCCGUGUGAUGCCUGGCCCGUCCCUGUCAACUCUUGAUCCCGCUCAGUCCGACCCUGUGCCUUCCCCUCGGAGCUUUGCUCGACCAGAGUUGUCAGCUUCCGUCUACGGUUUAACUUUUCUUGACCCCUUGCCGCCCGUGCUAGACCUCGUGCACACGGGCCUUCCGGCCUUACUGCAGACCUUUUCCCAGUUGGGUUCGCUUUUGUUUGUCUACGGGCUGACGCUGCUCGACUUCUCCUCAUCGGUCCUGGACCCUCUUCACCUGGACUUCACGCCACCCUUGCAGUCCUACAGUUGCUUGGGAUCGAGCUUCUUGGCCUUCAGCCGGUCCACUUCCGGCUCCCCUCUGCUGACUUCUGACUUCGUGGAGUCGGGACUGAUGCCUCCACUUCGAAGCUUCAUGCGCUUGGACUUGCCUUUGCUGAUUUAUGGCAUUGCUGAGCCAGGACUUUUCUUGUCUGCCUUGGAUUUCGUCCACACGGGUUUCUCGUGCUCACUACGCUCCCUCGCUCGACCCGAGCCUGCGUUGUCGGCCUAUGGCAUGACCACCUCGGGCAGUCUGCCGCCGGCGCUGGAUUCUUUGCGCUUGGGCUCCUUCAUGCUGCCCCGACGACUCGCCUGCUCGGGAUCUUCCUCAUCCGCCUACAGUCGGACACGGUUUGGGUUCACGCCAUCAGCCUCAGAUCUUCUGCACCUGGGCCCGGCUAUGUCCCUGAGAUCCCUUUCUCGAUCAGAUGCGGCCGUGUUGGCCUUGGACUUCCUGUACUUGGGCCCCACGGUGUCAACGCAAUCUUUCAGCCGACCGGGCUCGGCUGCGUCAGUCUUGGAUCUCUUGCACCCGGGCCUGACGCCGCCCUUGAGAUCUCGUUCGUGCCUUGGCUCCAUUCUGUCAGUGACAGUGGAGCUGGCUCCGUUGGUCUUGGACUUCCUGCGCCUGGGCUUCAAUCUGCUGCCUCGGGGCUACUCGCACUUCGGCUCUAGCCUUCCUGUGUGGGGUCUGAGCUGUUCCGAGCUUUCGGCACCGGUGCUGGACUUGGCGAACAUGGGCUCCUUGCCCCCUCUGAGGUCCACGCUUCGUCUGGGCUCAACACUGCUUUCGUGCGGAAAGGCUUGCCUCGAGUUGCCCUUCUCUGCCCCUGACUUCGUGCAGCCAGGACUGCCGCCCUUCAUGAGAAGCUACUCGUGUCUUGAGCCUUGCGCGCCUGCCUUGAGCUUUGCGAGCAUGGAUGUGUCACUCUCGCCUCGCAGCUUUUCUCGGUCGGGUGCUUCCCUUCCAGCCUCGGACUCCUUGCGCUUGGGCAGCUUCAUGUUCCUUCAAAGCCUUGUGCAUGCGGGGCCUUCGAUGUUGUCGUUGGGGGAAGUGUGCUCGGGCUUCAUGCUUCUAGUGUCAGACUCUGUCCAGCUAGAUGCCUUGCUUCUCCUACGUAGCCUUUCGAGGACGGAAGUGCCUUUGUCGGUAUCGGACCACGCGAGACCCGGCGCACCCCCGCCCUCGCAAAGUUUCGCAAGGCUCGAAGUCUCAGCGCCUGCUCUGGGGCUGAGUCGUCUAGGCUUCGUGUCCCCCCUGCCUGUCACUGAUGCUGUCGAGUUUGGCCUGACGCUUUUCGUGCGAAGCCUUGUGCAUCUUGGGCCCAUCCCGCCUGUGCCCAGCCAUGUGCGUUCGGGAAGCUUGCUGCCCCCUCGAAGCAUUGCCUGUGCCGACUCUCCAAUCCUUGUGCUGGACUCCUUGCAACUCGGAGCUUUCCCGUUGCUGCAAAGUAUGGCCUGCUGUGAUUCCGUUCUGCCAGUGCUGGACUUUCUCCACCUGGGUCCAGCUCCUUUGCCCCAAAGCUCUGUCCGCUUGGACCCUUCCAUGGCUGCUCUUUCCAGCACGAGGAUGGGCUCGACAUCGUCCGCUUCAGACUCCGUUCAUUCGGGGAGCCCACUUUUCGUGCGAAGCCUGGCAUGGCCUGGCAUCUCACUGCCGGUCUCGGAUGUUGCUCAGCCUGGACCUCUGCUGCUCCUUCGUUCGCAUGCAAGACUUGGGCCCAUGCUGCUCGCUCCUGGAUUGACCCGAAUGGGCUUCGUAUUCUCCCUGCCUGUGAUAGAGUUUGCACAUUCCGAAUUUAUGCCGCCUGCCAAGAGCUCUUCACGACUCGAAGUCGCGCUUCUCACAAUGGAUCUCGCCCGCACGGGCCUGCUGAUGUUGCCUCGCGCUCACUCCCGCCUCGAGUUCUUCGUUUCGGCCAUGAGCAAUUGCAGGCUCGGUUCCAUCCUGCCUAUUUCGGACCUUGUCGAAUCAGGCGUCUCGCUUCUGGUCCGAGGCUCUGCUCGUUUGGGCUCUGCGGUGCUGGCGCCGGACUUCUCUCGCCUCGGCCCCUCGCUUUUGCUGCGCUCCUUGGCCAGGUUCGGAAGCUUGGCGUUCGUCUUUGGAGUUAGUCGACCUGAGGCGUCUUUGUCGGUUUUGGAUCGUGUCGGUUUUGACUUGGCCUUCUCUUUGAGAAGUCUUGCAUGUCCUGACCCGACCUUUUCGACAGUAGACUACAUUCGAUCGGGGCUUUUUCUGUUGCUGCGAUCCAUGUCCCGGCCGGGCCUGUUGUCUCCAGUAUUUGGAGAAGUGCGACUGGAGAGCCCGCUACCCGCCUCAGACUUCUUACAGCUGGAGCCGGCGUUGCCUGUCCAUUCAUCCGUGUGCCCUGACCUGAACCUCCCGGUGCUGGAUUCUUUGAAGCCGGGCCUCUUCCUGCUUCUGCAUAGCUCUGCCAGGAUGGAUGCUUUUGUGUUUCCUCUGGGGGAGGGCCGUCCCGAAUUGCUGCUGCCUGUGCCAGACUUCCUGCACUUGGGUGCGUCUCUGUCUGCGCAAUCAGCCGUCCGGCUUGAAUUCAACCUGCCAGCCCUGGACUUUCUGCAUCUCGAGCCACCUCCGCUUUUGCAAGGCAUGAGCUGUCCCGGUGCUCCUUUGUCAGCCCUGAAAUUUGCUACGUUCGGAUUGUCAGCGCUGAUCCCUGACCUUACAGAGUUGGGCUUCGUGUCAUCACUGCGCAGCUUUGCACAUCUGGGGUCUCCGGUUCCGGCACUUAGCCUCGGGCGUUCUGGCUUUUCUCCGCUCGCACGAAGCCCCGUCCGCAUGGGCUCCGUGCUUCCGGUGCUUGACUUCUUGCGUCCCGGCUUGCCGAUGUUGUCACGGUCCUCUAGUCGCGUGGGCUUGCCGACGCUCGCCUUCAGUCGCGCAACCUGUGGCCCGUUGCUGCUGGCUCCGGAUUCUUUGGACUCAGGACCCUUGCCGCCGCUCAGAAGCCCUUCACGACCUGAGUUCUUUCUGCCGGCUCCGGAUUUCGCGAAACUCGGUCCGCCACCGCUGCCAAGGAGCUUCAGCCACCUGGGCUUCACGGUGCUUGUGCCGGGUUUGACCCGGUCAGGCUUUGUAUCCUCGCCAUCGGCUACUGAGUGUGUACAACUCGAACUAUCAAUUUUCGCUCGAAGUCUCGGUCGCGUUGAAGUUGUGAUGCCGACUUCGGACUCUUUGCAUCUCGGCUCGUUCUCGUCUCCGCGAUCCGUUUGCCGCAUUGAGCCGACAUCUUCGGCCUUCGGAGAGCUGCGCCUCGGCCCAGCCCUUUCGGCGCCGGAUUUCACGACCUUGGAGUUGUCUCCGCUGCUGCGAAGCAUGGCUCGCUUUGGCUUCACCAUGCCCGUGCUCGAUUCCCUGCAUUUGGGGUCGCCGCCAUCUUCGAGGUCCCGGCUGCAAGCGGGAGUCACUCUACUGGCGACGAGCAGCGUGCGCUCCGAGCCAACGCUCUUCGUCCCGGAUCCUGUGCACUUAGAACCCAUCGUGUCGCCCCGGAUGCAGCUCGGGUCAACUCUGCUGGUGUCGGACGUCUGUGGCCUUGGUCUGGUGUUGCUUCUCCGAAGCGCGGCGGCCGAGCGUGCUUUUGCGAUCACUUGCUUGAUCGGAUGCCCUGCCUGCUUGAUCUGCGGGAUCACCCAGCUGGAAGCCAGCCUCUUGGUCCUGGACUCUGCGGACUUGGGCCCUGCGCCAUCGCCGCAAAGCCCCGCAUGUCCCGGCGUGGCCUUGUUGAUCCUCGAUUUCGCCAGGUCAGAGCCGAUCACAUCAAUCAGAAGCUACCUUUGCCCUGGCCCUGCACCCUCGGCCUUCUCGUCUUGUCGCCUAGGCUUUAGCCUCUUAGUGCCGGAUUUUGUGCAUCUGGACGCUGCAGUUUUUCCCAGAAGCCUUGCGCAUCCCGAGCCCGUGGUGUCUGCUCUGGGCUACUUCCGUCUCGAAUCCAUGAUGCCACCCAGGUCUUUCACCUGCCUGAGUCGACCCGGCUUCGUGUCCUUGCUGCCUGCGACUGACACGGUGACUUUCGGGUCUUUGGUGCCAUUGCAAAGUCUCGCUUGGGCCGGGCCGGUGAUGUUGGUUCUCGACCUUCUGCACCCGGGCUCGUUGACUUCGCUGCAAGCUUGCGCGUGGAUGGGCCCUGCCGCCUUGGUUCCGGACUCCUUACACUCGGGCUUCUUGCUGAUUCCUCGGAACAUGGCAAGACUCGGCUUUCUUUCACCUGCGCCGGGCAUCUCGCGCUUGGGCUCUCUGUCGUCGGCCCUGGACAUGGUAGUCCUGGGCUUUCCGAUAUCCUUGCGAAGUUCGUCUAGGCCAGGCUUGGCAGCUUCGGCACCGGACUCCUUAUACUUGGGCUUGAUCACGCCGUCGAGAAGCCACGGUAGGCGUUGCGUGCUGGGGAGCCCUUUGACAGCUCUGGACUUCGCUCAUCUGGACGUGCCAGUGCUUGUGAGAAGCUUUGUCAGGAUGGACAGCCCGCUCCUCGUGUUGGACCACCUGCGCUCGGGCCCAACCCCACUGCCGCGAUCCUUUGCAUGCGUAAGCUUUGCCUCACCGGCCAUCGGAAUGACUUGCUUGGCUUCCGUUAUGUCGGCCUCGGAUGCUGUGCACCUUGGUCCGACGUUGUCUGCGCGAUCUCUUUCCCACAUUGGACUGGCUCCGCUGCCCAUGGACUACAUACAGAUGGGCCCAUUGAUGCCGUCGAAGAGCAUCGCACGCUUGGAAGCUAGUGUUCCAGCUCUCGAUCUUCUAUGUCUGGGGUCGAUGCCGCUUGUGCAAUCCUCUGCUUGCAUGGGAUCCGUGUUGCCUGCCCUUGAUUUUCUGGUCCUCGGGCCAAACUUGUCGGCUCGAAGCUUCGGUCGCUUAGGCUUCCUGGCAUCAGUUUCGGAUCUCAUGCAUCCCGACUCUUUGAUUUUGCUGCGGAGUCCUUCGCAAAUGGAAGCUGCCCCGUCCUCAUCGGACCAUGCCGCAGUAGCGUCCUCCACGCCCGUACGUCGCGCCAGGCUCGGCUUCCUCCCGUUGCUCUCGGACUUUACCAACCUUGGCUUUCCGAUCAAUCCGGAAGCCCCGCUGCUAACCUCGGAUCGGUCUCUCCUGGGCCUGCCGGCGCCGUCGAGAAGUUACUCCCGAACAGACUCUGUGGCGCUUGCUUCGGACUCUUUGCACUUGGGCUCUUCGACCUCGGCACGGAGUUACACCCGCUUUGGCCCAGGGCCGCCGGUUUCGCAAGCUGCGCGCUUCGGCUCGCCGCCUUUAGCUCCGGAUCAUGCCUGUUUGGGUCCAGUGUUACCUGUGCGAAGCUACGCCAGAUCGGGACCUUCCGCGUCGACAACGGACUUCCUUCAACUAGAUCUGGCGUUGCUUGUUCGAUCACUCGCAAAGGUUGGCCUGGCAAUGCCAGCGAUGGAUUUCCUGAGGCUGGGCUUGUCACCCUCCCUGCGCAGCUUCAGCCGAUUCGGAAGUAUGGCGCUGGCUUCAGGGUUGGUGCGGCUUGAAGCCUCGUUGCCCGCAUCGGACGUUGUUUCAUCAGGCCCCGUGCCGCCAUUGCGCAGCUUCACAUAUCUGGGAUUUCUUCUGCCUGCAACCGACCUCGUGCAGACGGGCCCCACGCCGGCAAUCAGAAGCUUUGCACGAUCGGAGGCCUUUGUACCGGUCUUGGACUUCUUGCGCCCGGAUGCCACGCCUUCGGCACGCAGCAUGGCGCAGCUGGAAAGUGCAAUGCUGGUUUUCGGCGUGGGUCGUUCUGGCCUUAUUCUUUUGGUGCUGGAUUCCAUGCAGCCAGACUUUCUGCUUUUUCUUCGCAGCUUUUGCAGGCUUGGAUUUACUUUGUUGGUCUUGGACUUCUUGCGAUCGGAAAGCUCUCCUUUCGUGCGCUCUUACCUCAGGUCCGGCUUUGCUGUGCCUGCGACGGGCGUGACUACGCCAGGUCUGCCAGCGUCUGUUUUGGACCUCGUACAUCUUGGUCCGGUUUUGCCGCUUCGAAGCACGGCCUGUCCUGAAGCCGCCUUGCCGGUACUGGACUUCUUGCACCCUGGGUCAAUGCUUCUGGUGCAAAGUCUCUCAAGUUCUGGCCUGCUGACGUUACUGCGGAUGUUUGCAUGCUCUGGCAGCGCAUUUUUUUCGUGUGGGCUUUCUUGCGCGGGCCUUCCGUCGUUCGUUUUGGAUCUCGUGCUCCUGGGACCCGCUUUGUCGGCCCAAAGUUUGGGAUGUCUGGACUUGGUCAUGCCUGUCUUGGACUUCCUGCACUUGGGUUUUGCCACCUUAGCGAGGAACCCUGCAAGGUCCGGCUUCCCCUUUCCUGCUUUUGGGGUGUCUCGCUGUGGCUCGUCCUUCCCGAUCCUCGACCACACCUUCUUGGGCUCUCUGAUGCCUGUCCGAAGCUGUGCAUGCCCUGGCUUUCCUUUGCUGACUCCUGAUCUCAUGCACCUAGAGCUUCCGCUGUUGUUGCGAUCCAUGGGUCGACUUGAAAGUGCCGCGCCGAUCUUUGGGAUGAGCAAGAUGGGCUUGACGCCUCCAGUGCCCGACCACGCCCUCCCCGGCUCAACAUCACCUCCACGAAGCUCUUCACAAACGGAGCUAACCCCCUUGGUCUUGGACUCUUUGCAAUCAGGUUUUACCAUACUGCUCCGAGCCUCUGCGCGAGUGGGUUUCCCUUUGUUUCCCUUCGGCCAAGUCUGGUUCGGCCCCUUUCUUCCAGUGCCAGAUCCUUCUGACCUUGGUUUGGCUCUGCCCGCUCGAUGCCUUGCCAGCUUCGGUUUCGCCUCGUCUCUGCACAGCUUUGCCCACUUCGGCUCGGCAUCUUCACUGCUGGGCGUGGCGAACCUCGAAGCUUCAGCUCCAGCUUUGGACCAUGUCCUGCCAGGCCCUCCGAUUCUGGUACAAAGCCUCGGGCAAUCGGGACUCCCUGUUCCAGUGCUAGACUCUCUGCGUCCCGAGUCCCCACCUUUGCUGCAAAGCUCUGGUUGA